CAAAGGAGGAUAGAGUUUGGGUGGGGAUGAGGGGUCGCAAAGACAUGGAUUUUCUCUCCAUGGCGACACGGGCUAUCCCAUGCAGACGAAUAUCUUUCUUCUUUCGUCGCUCUUCUUUUCCAUCCCUCCCCCUCUCUUGUGUCAUUGGCCACCUGCUGUGACAAGAGCCUACUACGCGCGUGUACCACGAGCCUCAACCGCCACACGCAGGGGACGGAUAGUGACUGCACACUAACAAACCGACUACAUCAUACAUGCUGAGUCUAGGCGCAGUCUGCCCUCGAACAGAAAUCCUUAUCUGUGCCAGUCCAACUGACUUUAUAUGAAGUCGCUAACUCGGAUUUUUAAGCAGAGAGUGUGCCCUACCACAGAGCGGAGGUGUGUCUUGUGUCCAGCCGCUGCGCAAACUUGGCAACCUGCUGAUUUUGUUGUUACGGGCACCAGGACACGGUGAGACGGUCCUCGCUCCCUCCUCGCUAGGCGACAGGGCUAAUUAGUAACCCGGGCUAGCUGCCCCUCAUGCGUGGAGUUUAUUGCAUGGACACACCAUGGCUACAUUUGUCUGCAGGGUUCAGUUUCUAGAUGACACCGAUCCAUUCAACAGCACCAACUUCCCGGAGCCGACACGACCGCCGCAUUACACGUUCCGAGAGGACAUCCCGCUUAUCAAUCAGAUAGCUGGGGUGCACCGGCUUCUCAGAGCCCCCCAUAAGCUUGAUGACUGUGCUUUGCAGCUGUCCCAUAAUGGCACUUACCUGGAUCUGGAGUCUUCCUUGGCUGAGCAGAGAGAUGAGCUGGAGGGCUUCCAGGAGGACAUGGCAGGGACUAGAGGGAAGAAGCAUAGUCUUGUCUUGCGGACUCAGUUGACUGUCCGGGUACACGCAUGUAUUGAAAAACUCUACAACUCUAAUGGUCGGGACUUAAGGAGGGCACUCUUUUCUCUGAAGCAGAUAUUUCAGGACGAUAAGGAUCUGGUCCAUGAGUUUGUGAUGGCCGAGGGGCUGACAUGUCUUAUCAAGGUGGGAACUGAAGCGGACCAGAACUACCAGAACUACAUACUCAGAGCCCUGGGCCAAAUUAUGCUCUACGUUGAUGGGAUGAAUGGAGUAAUCAAUCACAUUGAGACCAUCCAGUGGCUCUAUGCCCUUAUUGGAUCAAAGUUCCGGCUGGUUGUGAAGACAGCUCUGAAGUUGUUGCUGGUGUUUGUGGAGUAUUCAGAGUCCAACGCCCCUCUACUAAUAGAAGCUAUAUCUACUGUGGACACCAAGAGAGGGUGUACUCGUUGGUCUAAUGCCAUGGAAAUCUUAGCCGAGAAGGAUGGAGUGGACACAGAGCUUCUAGUGUACACUACAACCCUCAUCAACAAGACCCUCUCCGCGUUACCCGACCAGGACUCGUUCUAUGACAUGGUAGAUGUCCUGGAGGAACAGGGGAUGGAGGGUGUGGCUAAGAGGUUUCUGGGCCGGAGAGGCACAGAUUUGGAUCUCAUGGAACAGCUCAAUAUAUACGAGGCAACUCUUCGUCACGAGGAUGGUGAUGAAGACUGUCUGCCACCCCCUGGGAUUUCUGGACGCAAGGUCAACCUAGGGGGCGGGAACAAGAGGAAGGGCCUGGAAAGGAGGCGGAGCCGCAGAGCCUCCCUUGGACGAUCUGGGAACGCCUCUCCCUGCAGCCCGUCUCCUCAACGUUCCAGGUUUCAACGGUUCAACGGACUGGGAGGAGAGGACAUGAGUGAGAGAAAUGGAGUUCAGUGGACAACCACAGACAAGCCUGCUCUGGGUGGUCUCAUCUCCUCCUCCUACAGACAACACCAGGAGUCCCUGGCCGCCGAGAGGGAGAGGAGGCGCGCGGAGAGAGAGGAGCGUCUGCAGAGGAUUGAGAGGGAAGAGAGGAACAAACACAACAGAGACUAUGUGGACAAAAUGGAGGAGGCCAGGAUGGCACGGGAUGAGAGAUAUAAACACGUGGAACGUUUGGCUGCCGAAGAGUUUGAGAGGGACCGCGUGCCCAGGUCACGGCCUGACCUAAGUCUGAACUUUGACCCAGCGGAAGCCUGGCACCCCACCUCAUCCUGCAGCCCCACCCCCUCAUCCUCCGUGGCAUCUCAGGACGAGGAACCAGACGGAGAACCAGAAGGACCUGACACAGAACCAGAGGAAGAGUGUGAAGACCUAAAGCCAGAGGAUUUCACUUCCUGUCCAGAACCAGAGGAGACCAAGGCAGAACCUGGUCAAGAGGACCUGAAAGAGAAGAAGGAAACAGAAGAGCCUAAAGAGGAAGCAGAAGAAGAGAAGGAAGUCAGAACAUCUGAGAAGGAGGGAGAAGAGGAGGAAGAGGCAGAGACACCGCCGGAGAAGGGGGAGAGGGAGGAGGAAGAGGCACCACCGGAGAAGGGGGAGAGGGAGGAGGAGGAGCAGGAGGACAGCGGGAUCCUGAGUGACAAAGAGCGACAGAAUGAAGAAGUGAAUGAGAAAGACAACUGCUCUGCCUCCAGUAUCUCCUCUGCCAGCAGCACCCUAGAGAGAGAGGAGAGGGGGAGCACUGACAACGGCCACUGGAUCCAGAGUGUCAAGGAUGUGGCUGUAAAUGAACAGUGCAGCAACAUCCUCCACAGCAAGCUCUUCAUGUUGGACAUGCUUUACUCGCAGAGCCCCAAGCCCUGUGCAGACGAGGAGGGAGAGGAGGGAGGACAGGAGAAAGGGGAGGAGGGGGAGGCCAAACUGGAAGCCAGCCAACCACCGGGCGAGGGAGAGCAGGAUGAGAAUGCCCAAAAAAACGUCUCCCCGGAAAAACACCCAGAAAAAAUAGGAUCUAAUUUGAACGUCCGGGCCUUUGCAGAGAGAUUUGGUGAUUUGGUAAAGGGCUUGGGGUCCCCCCCCACCCCCCUCGAUAGCCCCCCUUAUGAGGCUGAUGUUGAAAUAGAGAAGCCCCCUCCACUACCCCCCAAAAAAGAGUCCGACACCAUCUGGGACCAGCUCCUGGCCAGUCCUCGGGAGCUCCGCAUCAGAGACAUCGACUUCACCGACCUGAAAGAGGAAGAUGACCGAGACCUUUUGGACGUCGGUCUGAUGGGGGGGUCAGACUCCCUGUGUCACCCUCCUCCCCCCACCCCCCAACCCUUACUCCCCCCUCCUCCACCCAUGUUUGGCUUCCCCCCUCCUCCGCCCAUGUCUGGGAUGAGAGGCUUGCCUCCUCCUCCUCCCUUCUCUACAGCCCUGCCGUCUCAGCCCCUGUUCCAGAAGAAGAAGAAGACCAUCAAGUUGUUCUGGAGUGAGGUGCAUCCAUCAGAUUCCCAGUACAUCGGUAGCCGGAGUAGUGGAGACUCUCUGUGGUCCAAACUGGAACCGGUCAGAAUCGACACCUCCAAACUAGAGCACCUCUUUGAAACCAAGUCUAAGGAAAUACCGGUCACCAAGAAAACAGCAGCAGAUGGGAAGCGUCAGGAGGUCAUUGUUUUGGACUCCAAGAGGAGUAACUCCAUCAACAUCGGCCUGACCGUCCUCCCACCCCCCCGCACCAUCAAAACCGCCAUCCUCAACUUUGACGAGUACGCACUGAACAAGGAGGGCAUCGAGAAAAUCCUGACGAUGGUCCCUACGGAGGAGGAGAAGCAGAAGAUCCAGGAGGCCCAGCUGGCCAACCCCGACAUACCCCUGGGCUCAGCAGAACAGUUCCUCCUCAUUCUGUCCUCUAUUAGCGAACUGUCUGCCCGCCUACAGCUCUGGGCCUUCAAGAUGGACUACGAGGUCACAGAGAAGGAGGUGGCAGAGCCACUGCAGGAUCUGAAGGAGGGCAUGGAGCAGCUGCAGAAGAACAAGACGCUGCGCUACAUCCUGUCUACGCUCCUCGCCAUAGGAAACUUUCUGAACAGCACCAACGCUAAAGGUUUUGAGCUGAGUUACUUGGAGAAGGUUCCUGAGGUGAAGGAUACAGUGCACAAGCAGUCUCUUCUGCACCAUGCUUGUUCAAUAGUUGUGGACAACUACCCUCAGAGUACUGACCUCUACUCAGAGAUAGGAGCCAUCACACGCUCUGCCAAGGUGGACUUUGACCAGCUGCAGGAGAACCUAGCACUGAUGGAGCGCCGCUGCAAAGCAUCAUGGGACCACUUGAAGGUGAUUGCCAAGCAUGAGAUGAAGCCCACCCUGAAACAGAAGAUGUCUGACUUCCUGAAAGACUGUGCCGAGAGGAUCAUCAUUCUGAAAAUAGUCCACCGAAGAAUCAUCAACAGGUUUCAUGCUUUCCUGCUGUACCUGGGACAUCCAGCCUACAGUAUCAGAGAGAUCAGUGUCCACCGCUUCAGCAAGAUCAUCAGUGAGUUUGCUCUAGAGUACAGGACCACCCGUGACCGGGUUCUGCAGCAGAAACAGAAACGAGCCGACCACCGGGAACGCAACAAAACCCGCGGCAAGAUGAUCAUGGACGUCAAUGCACCCUCAGAUGAUGAAGAGGAGCAGGAGUCCACAGGACGGUGUAAUGCUGGCAGCAGCAGCAGCGCCCCCAGUGGUGUGGUGGAGUGUGUGCAGCCUCAGGGAUUGGGCCAUGCAGAGGAUGCAGCCGAGCAUGAGUUCAUGAAGGCAGUACUGAAGACCAGCCUGCAGGGUGGCGACAGAGAGGUCUCGGGGGUGCCAGGGCUACGCACACGUACCAGGUCCCGUCCUGGCCGAGGUGGCCGUAUCCAACAGGCUUGGACACCAACCAUGGUGGUGGGCCCGGAGUCUCAGAGGUCUGGCGAUGAUGAAGCUGAUGAGAUCAUGGAGCGCAUCGUGAGGUCGGCCACUCAGGGCCCAAGUCAGAGGGCAGUGCCCCGGGAGAGACGAAGGUCACGAGCCAACCGCAAAUCACUAAGACGGACUCUGAAGAGCGGUCUAACGCCAGAAGAGGCUCUACUUCUUGGACUCUCGGAAGGCUCAGAGAUGCCAGUGUGACGUCCCCCCUGACAACAGGGGGUGGGGAAUGCCAUGGAGCGCACCCCGAAACCCUGCCUUGCUACGCUUCUGCCUUCACAGCCCCGCUCCAACCAAUCAGUAGCCUUAUUAGUGGCUUUCAUUGUGCUGGCAGGGAAUCAUGCGUUAGUAUAAUGCAUCAUUGGUUGAUAAUGACCUCUUUGUUAAAGGGUCUCUUCAGACAUCUCUUAAGGAACAGGCUGAAGAACAGCAGGAAGAACAAAAAGGAAAAAUGCAUUUCCAAAAGUAUAAAUUGUUGUUAGAACAGAUUUUUGGGGAAACAACUUUAUGUAAUCUGGUUUAAUGAGAAUGAAUCUAAAAUGUCAUCAUUUUGCCUCAAGGCUUGACUGGAGACGGAUUCGUCAUUUGAUUUUUAUCAAUAUAUUUAGUUACAUUUAACUGGGACAGCCUUUAUAAAUGAAACACAUUAAGGGAUAACAGUUUCUGCUUGCUGUAAGCAAUGUUUUACUCAACUAGCUGCAGUAGACAUGUACCGUGCCCUCCAGAUGUUAGGAGACAGUGAAGUAAAAAACAUUCAAGGAAUAUGAAAAUAAUAUUUAAAAAUGAAUUUGAGGGAUAAGUACAGAAUGUCACCUUUUCUUUCUGUCUGUUUCAAAACAUACAGUUGUGCUCAUAAGUUUGCGUACCCUGGCAGAAAUUGUGAAAUUUUGGCAUUGAUUUUGAAAGUAUGUAUGCCAAUGCUAUGACACACCCCCACUAGGCUUGAUCGAUGAGGUGAAAUACUUUGGAUCAUCUGCAGUUCCUUUUUGUCUCCAAACUUUUGCCUUCCUAUGACUGACAAUGCUUCACCAUCCUCUCGUCUUUCCAUAAUAUUCUAUACUGGCUGAUCUCAGUACGUUUUAGCAAAUUCUAGUCUGGCCUUUUUGUUUUUGGUGCUGAUCAAAGCAUCUUGCUGUGUAUUGUAAUUCCACUAUUGAGGUUUUCUGUGACAGUAGAUUUUGACACUUUCACCCCAGAAUCCUGUUUUGUUGUUUACCUUGGCCAACCUUGUUGUUGCCAUUUGAUAAAGACACCAGUGGUUUCUUUCUUUUUAGGACAUUCCAAACUGUAGAUUUUGCUAUGUCCGACUUUUGUGAGAAGCAGACUCCAAAGCCAGAAGAAGAACUACACAGUGCCAGUGCUGUUAUUCUUAGUUUGUAAAACAUUUAAGUGGUGAAAUAGAUUAAGAGGACAUUGUACUUUUACUUCAUAUUCAUCUUUUAAUUGUAUCUUCAUAUUCCUUGAGUAUUCAGGUAAAAUAGCUGUUUGAACUUUACUCUCCUAAUACAUCUGGAGGCUGAAUAUCUUCUGUAUUAAAACUCUGAACUUCCGUUGGAAGAAAGACAAUGUUUUUUUUUUUAUUAUCGCUCCCUUCUCUUCCUUCCCAAACUGAAGAAUGUUCUGCCAUUCUAAGGACACAACUGUAAGGAUGUGUUGUUUUGUAACGCCAUUCACCAGUACACUUUGCUAGAAGCAAUUAAUUAACAUCACCUUGACCUGUCAAAACUGGCUUCUUAAGUAAUGGGAUAUUUGAGUCUCUCUCGGUUUGUCACCUCCGAUCGAUUGUUUGAGUUUUAUUCCUUUGAUGCGAGGAAGGCUGUUGGUUUGGUGUGUGCCUUUAGGUUUACAUGUAUUCUACAGCACUUACCUUUCUCUGCCAUAUUUCUCAUCCUCUUUGUCACUUUUUCUAGUUAAGGCCAUGAUAUUUUCCUGGUUACAUCGCUAGGAAUUCUCUCUAAACCUCUAAACAACUAUUUCGAACUAGUAUGUUGUUUCUUAUUAAGUUAUAGUAAAAAGUACAUGAAGAAUUAGCAAUUUCAUUCAUGUUGUUUUUUUAUUUCAACCAAAUGGUUUUACCAAAAUGUGUUAAAGUUUAAUUUAUAGUUAUAAAAUUAUUGAAUAUUUAAAUAUUUUACUGCAAAAACCUGAGGGACAGUUUUAGGGUUUUAUAAUUCCCCCAAAAACGUUUUGCAAGUUGCCAGGAAAUUCAAGAACCCUCUUAAAGGAUUUUGUGAAAACAUCACACAUUUUCAGGAUCUUUCUGGAAUUUUGAAUUACCUAACUGGAUUUAAAAACAGCAAGUAAGCUUUAAGACUUAAAGGUUAUUUUUCCAAGCUAAAGCCUAGGUGUCAUCUCUGAGAGCUCAUGCAAGAAUUCAGGCCUCAACUGAUUACAUCAGUUGUUGGUAAACAUAGUUCCCAAGGGAUACUUGACAGUUCUACCAGUCCUGUUUCCCUGAAGUUGAUGCUUCAUGUUGUUCUUUAGACAAUAAAAAAAAACAAUUCUUAUCAGACAUAUUUUAUCUCAGAAGAAUUGUUUAUAAAUUGUAAAAAAAAAUAAAAGAAAGAAAAAGAUUAAACAAGUAUUUUAAAGGAAAACUGCAGGGGAAAUGUGUAUAGAAGAUGUAGAAUGACUGAGUUGUUGUAGCUAUACUAUUGUGUCUGUUUAGUGUGUUUUCUUUGUUUUUUUUCUGUAGCAUAGUGUAUAGUUUGAGAAAAAUCAUGAUUUGGGAUUUAAAAAGAAGCAAAAACAAGCAUUUUAUGUUCACAGGGUACAUUUAUAUUUGUUGUUUGUUACAAGGGAGAGAAAAUGUGGUCUCUUUGAAAAUAUUCUUUGUUCCCCAAGAAAUGAUACUGUUCUGUUUAAUGGUUGUUGAUUCAAAUUGACUUUGAUUUUGGAAAUUGUACAAUUUUACUUUCAACAGUGAACUGAACACUUAUAAUGCUGUUGGAUAUAAUUUAUGUUACACCUUUCACUUAGGACUCUACACAUUGUGCAAUAAACACGUUGUUCACUAAAUAAAAGGUGUGUGUGGAUGUUUGUGUUUGGGGGGGUUCUGUAGCCUACAUUAAAAUGCCCAUUCAGAUGUUGA